AUGUCUGAUAUGUCUUCGGUGCCUCCGAUUGUGGACAUCUGUUCGACGUUGUCUACUCUGGGGAGCCAUGGCGAGACAAAUGAACUUCUUGGGUUUAUCUCUGAUGAAAACCACCGCCACAAUGUGUAUUAUGUGCAGAAGCUGGCCGGAAAUAUGAGAUCGCAAUCCCUCGCUGAGCUCACCACGGCCUCAAGUGAUAUCUUUAAAGCGCAUCAUGGCAGCUUUCAUUUCACCUGGGGCCACCGUCUCCGCGUGGCAGUUAAUCUCGCCUGCAGCGUGCUUCAAUUUCACGGACGCUGGCUAAAAAGCCAAUGGAGCUCACGCGAUAUUAUGUUUACUAAGAAUUCAUCUUGGGAUAUUGAUAAGCCAUACGUGCUUUGGAACAGCGAGAUUCUGUUUCCCUUGGGCCUCGUUUUGGUCGAACUCUCUUUAUGCUGGGCACUAGAGGCACUACGUAUACCGGACGAUGACGAUCGCGUGGAGGUAUUUCAGAAUUUAAAGACUGCAACUUGCCUCUUGCAAUUUGUGGGGGAGCAAAGCGGUGCAGAAUACGAACAGGUAGCGAGACGAUGUCUGCUCUGGUCUGGCACCAAAGAAACUAUACUGGAAAGCGAGCAGAUGCAAGAUGAGAUAUUUCAACUGAUCAUCUCGCCGUUAGUCGAAAAUCUGAGGAGUUUCGAGGGUAGGUCUUGA